AGGAAAACUAUAUAGAUAUAGAACUGCAUUAGGCGCAGAGGAUCGCAAUAGCAAGGGGUACCUGUGGGCUAAAAUUUUUGUAAAAGUGUCAUCGCUCAAACCGAGUUCGCUCAAGUUAAAUCCUAUAAGAACACCUACGGAUGAUGUUUUUUUUUUUUUAUUAUUUACUUUUUUUUUCUAAAGAGAGUGUUCAAAGGGUACGGACGUGUUAUUUAACUCGCUCCGUGAAUUCAAUCUUUACAAAAAAAAAUUAAUCAUAAAACCAAAGUAAAACAAAAAAACAAUUUAUAAAUUGUAAACAAACAUUUAAAACAGUGCACACAAAUUAAUAAUAAUAAACAUAAACAAUUAGUGCACGAAUCAACAAGUGAAAACAAAAAACAAAACAAAAAUCAAACAAACAAUAAUGAGUGCUUCGCAGCCUCAUCAGCAAGGCCGUAGGCAUUCCUUAAAUGCCUACUUCAGCUUUGUCGACCCAACAACAAUCACAACUACUGCAAAUAAAAAGUGUAACGGCGAUGAUGAGUCAUCGCGGCGAUCAGCUGAAAAGGAAUCGAAGCAAAGAACGCAGUCAGCAGUAGCAGCCGAAAACAACAAUCGGGCAAUAACAAAUGCCCUGACACCAACCAGCCUGCAGGUACCAACAAACGAGCAGGCAACGAAGAAAAUCACAAGGCAAGGUGAGAGUGUACCAACAAAAAAAAGCCCGUCUGUACAAACAGGCAUUGACCGCUACGUCAAUAUAAAGAGGAAAUUAAGUCCUUCUAAAUCAGCGGUCAAUCCUAAAAAAUUUCAAGGCAGCACACCAAAUAAAAACAAAACGGAAGUUUUAAAUGGCAACAGAUUUGCCAUACUAAGCAAUGGUUCAGACGACGAUGCGAAGGGUACCACCACAGUCGUUCAUGCCAAUGUAUUGAGCAAAGCGUUACUCAUAGAAACAUUCCUAUUCUGGUACGUACAUCCAUCACUAUAA